AUGAAUGGCGCUGGCCCGAGGAUGGACUACGGCUACGAUGCCGCCGGCCCAACUCCCCCUUCAUCGCAAACUUCGUCGGCUAUUGCCCCAAGCGGCAAGAUCCUCAUGGAUGGGUACAGGAACGACAUUAUGGGUGGCUUAGGCACUAGCCAACCUCGCUAUAACCCGACCAUGCCGGCGACGCAGAUGAACCUGGACCGAACACAAAGCUCCGUACUCGUCGAUCUCAACGAUCCCAUACAAGUCCACCUCUUGACCGAAACCGCCUUGUCAGACAGCAAGGAGUAUGAGAUUUUGUCGCAGGAGGAGGUGGAUAGUCUGAAGAAGCAGGUCACUUCAUUGACGCAGCGCAUAGAGCAGGCCCGCGCAAACCUGGCCGUGCAGUCCAAAUAUCUGGACGCAGCAAGGUCCAUGGCCAAGCUGUACUCGACAAAGAAGAAGGGCGCAUUGCUGGGAAAUGUUAGGACGAGUGUGGAAGGCUCUGCAAAGGACGCCGAAGCCGAGCGUCAGGCUUGCGAGAAGAGGUGUGAGGACUUGGCAUCGGAACUUUUCCAGCUGGAGCGCCGCUUGAUGGAGCCACAGCGGCGGCUGUUCCAGCACACAGCUGGCAUUUUACAGCUUACCCAUCGGGCAUCCAAGAACCCAAGCUCGUUAACAGAUGGGGCGAACCAAAAUGGCAUUCCGGGGAGCCCGGAGAGCCUCUACACUUAUAACAAUCUUCGUUAUAGCAUCGCGGAGGGUUCGGCCGAGGACGCUUUCUUUGACGACCGGAGUCUCUACAUGACCCUGGAGGAGCUGGAUGAGAGAUCGGGACGUCCCACGGCGAAUCGCGCAAACGCCAUUGCCAUUCCGCUAAAGUCCCCCGUGAGGGAACAGACGAACCAACUGCGUGAGGAAUCCGAUCGUCUGAAAACGGAGCGAGAUGAACUUCGCGCGACUGUCGACUCAGUGCAACUCGAAAUGGACGCGCUACGGAGAGAGAGUCAGGAAAAGCUAAAGCUAGUGUCCCUUACCGAACGUAAGUUGGAGGGACUGAGUCGACAGCUGAGGGAUCUUAUCGUUGAGUUGAACCCCACGAAGAACAACGGAUAUCAGAAGGCACCGUCAGGAAGCCUGGAACCGGGCGACAUGAUAGGCAGCCAUCUGGAAUUUCUGGCAAAGGGUCUCAUAAGUAUUCAGGAGGAACAGCGCUCGAUAGUCGCACAGAACUCGGAGGGUUCGAGGGAUGCAGAGAUGGCAGCGUCUCGAGCCGCAGCGACCCUUUCCCAGGCCGAAGACAGGUUCAUUGCCUUAAAUCGACAGCUCCACGCUGUUCUUCAGGCGGCGAACUCCAGUCAACGCCCGGGGCCGGAUGACUUCGGCCCUGAUCUUGAUGCUCAGUUCAAUUGGCUGGAGGGAUCAAUAGGAGUAAUUGAGCUCCAGCUAUCACAGGCCGCCACAGCAUCUUCAGCAUCAUCUGCAGACAAGCAAAAGUUCAUCCAGAUGGACUCGGUUUUGCGAGACUUGUGGAACGUCAUCCAGACCGGUUAUGCUGAAAUCAACAAGCGACAGGAGGAGAGGAGAAAGAACCGCGAAGAAGCCGGUAUCAAAGACGACGAUGAUGAUGCUUCGAGCGAUGAGGUUCCGUUCAGUCCCACCGAGGUGUACUCACUACAAGCCUUCCAGGAUAAGGUUCAGUGGCUGUACGCGCAGGCGACCAAUCUGAGGGAGCAAAAGUCGGUCCUCAAGAGGCAAAUCAAGCAGCAGCGUGAGCUGAAUAGUAAGUCGGACGCGCAAAAGGAUGCGGAACUCGCCAGCCGGAUGGACGAGUUGUCGGAAAUACGCACCAGGCUCCAGGCCAGCGACAAAGCGGCUCAGGAGAGCCAGCAGAAACUGGCCCAAGCACUCAAGGACUUGGAGGAUUUGAAGCAGCAGGAGUCGAUCAGCAUGGCAAACGUCAGCGCAUCGGCCAAGGAGCGGGAUGAGAAAUUACAGAAGAGCGAGGCCCAGAUAACAUCUCUGCAGGGCGAGAUCAAAGAGAUGGAAUCUCAGAUAGCAGCUCUUACAGCACAGAUUCGAGAGAGGGAAUCCCAGACAACAGCUCUUCAGGCACAGAUCCAAGAGAGGGAAUCUCAGUCAACAGCAUCACAGUCUCAGCUCCAAGAUAAGGAUGCUCAGAUUGCAGCUGCUGCACAACGGCUGCAAGAACGGGAAAAUAGGUUGGCAGCGAUCGAGGAGGAUCUCAAGGCUCGGGACGUGCAACUAGAAGGUCUCAGGAUCAUCAGCCAGGACUUGCAAGAGAAACUUGACCAGGUCGAGAAAGAACUCGAGUCGUUACGUCCGCAACUUCAGGCCGCCACGGAGGCCAAGGCUACCGCCGAAGCUGCCGCAGAAAAACUCGAAAAGGAGGCCAAGGAGAAAGAAGAGGAGCUUGAGCGCCUCAACAUAAUGGUGAUUGAGGUUAAGACAGAACUCACCUUUGCCAAGGCCGAACUCGACGGGGCGUACGGCUCCCGGUCGCAGAGGGCUGCAGAGGUGGCGGCUCUGGGCAGCACAGCAGAGGUAUCGGACCUCAAAGCACAGCAAGAGAAGCUCAAGGCGGAGCUUGCUAGCACCUUGUCGGAAUUCGAAGCCCUCACCAGGGAUACCAUCACGGCAGAGCGAGAGCGGUUCGACCUGGAGAGCAAGCUGGACGAUGCUCUCGCUGCCAAAGCCUCGCUCGAGGCCGAGGCUGCCGAGCUCAGAAACAAGCUUGAUAGCCAGGUCAGCAAGCUACAAGAUCAGCUGGAUGCCGAGAGGCUCAAGGCUACGUCCAUUACGGGGGCACCUGGCUCACCGAGGCCAGGCGCUGGUGCGUCCAUGUUGAGCGAGCAGUUCCGGGCAACGAUGAAGGAGGAGAGGCGGAAGUUCCAGGAGGAGCUGCGGAACGAACAAGCUCAACGAAGAAAGCUCGAGGACGAAAUACGUGCCCUCAAAAGAAGCCAGGGUCCUGGCAAGAGCCCUCUGAGUCCCAGGUAG